GCAGCUCUUACCAGUACUCUUACGCUUAAGGUGCUGUCUCUGUUGUCCGAACAGCCGCGCUCUUCCCUGGUCCUGCCUUGACCAUCCCUUCCUCCGCGCUGUCGACGAGCAAUUCGCGGAAGAUGCGCUUCUCCACCAUUGCGGCCGGCCUUCUGGCGGCAGGCUCCUCUCUUUCAUUGGCAUCUCCCUUCGCGGCCGGGGGGUCUGUCGCUCGCCGAAGUGCAGGGGCUGGCAUUGCCAAGCCAAAGGUCUUCAUCAUCAGCAUGUUCACGCCGGAGGCGGACGUUUGGUGGGGGAUUCCGGAGUUCGACCUCCUGGCAAAGAACGUCACGGUCCCAGGUUUCUCGCCGCUGUUUCCCGAUGCUCAUUGCACGGCCAAUGGCGAGAUCUGUCAGCUGGUUACUGGCGAAGGUGAAAUCAAUGCAGCAGUGACCAUUGCUUCACUCCUCCGCUCUGGCCUCUUCGAUCUUACCUCUACGUACUUCCUGAUUGCUGGCAUCGCUGGCAUAAGCCCCGAGCUGGGUACGCUCGGCUCCGUCUCCUUCGCCCGAUUCGCCAUCCAGGUUGCGCUCCAGUAUGAAUUUGAUGUGCGCGAGGUUCCCUCGAACUGGAGCACUGGCUAUGUCCCUCAAGGCGCCAAGGAGCCACUCCAGUACCCUGUCGACAUAUACGGCACUGAAGUCUUCGAGGUCAACGACGCUCUUCGCCAAGUCGCCAUGUCCUUCGCCAAGAAGGCCAGCCUGAACGACAGCGCCACCGCUGUGGCCUAUCGCGCCAAGUAUGCUACUUCCGACCUGUACGCAGCCGGUGCGCAGGGCCCUAGUGUCAUUGCCUGCGAUGUUGCUACCAGUGACGUUUACUACAGCGGCACGAUCCUGUCAUCUGUCUUUAGCAACUACACCAAGGUUAUCACCAACGGCACGGGCGAGUAUUGCGCUACGGCGCAGGAGGACAACGCGACACUGGAGGCAAUGAUGCGUGGUGCUGCCGACGGCAUUGUUGACUACAGCCGCAUCAUCGUCAUGCGCACGGCGUCUGACUUUGAGCGCCCUUACCCUGGCCAGGCAACCAUUGACAACCUUCUGACGGUUGACCAAGGUGGAUUUGAGCCUGCGGUCCAGAACAUCUACCUUGCGGGCGUCAAGAUCGUCGAGGGUAUUCUGGAUGGCUGGAACAGCACGUUUGCUAGUGGCGUCAAGGCCACCAAUUACCUUGGAGACAUCUUUGGCACGCUUGGUGGUCAGCCGGACUUUGGACCGUACGGCCCUUCGAACCCGGCGCUGAAGAAGAAGAGUGUGAAGAGGAACGUUAAGGGCAGACGGAACGUGCCCGUCAAGGUCCGCUUGUAGGUGACGCAUGUAGUUAUGAAAUAGUGAAUAGUAUUUGUACUGCCCGGAUGCGUAAACAGUAAACAGUAAACAGAGAGCAGAGUGGUGGGCUAAGCGAGCUG